AUGGCGAGAAUAGUGCGUGUCGCGAGAUCCACCUCCCUCUUCGGCUUCGGAAGCCGAUUCUACUCCACCUCAGCCGAAGUUACCUCCGGAGUUAGCCACGCGUCGCCGUUUCUUCACGGCGGCGGAGCUCGCAAGGAUGCUGCUAGAGAUAGGAACGUGCAGUGGGUGUUUCUCGGGUGUCCCGGUGUCGGUAAAGGCACGUACGCCAGCAGACUGUCGAGCUUACUCGGCGUUCCUCACAUCGCCACCGGCGAUCUCGUCCGUGAGGAGCUUGCUUCUUCCGGUCCUCUCUCUCAACAGCUAUCGGAGAUUGUAAACCAGGGAAAAUUGGUUUCUGAUGAGAUCAUCGUUAACCUUUUGUCAAAGAGACUUGAAGCUGGUGAAGCCAAAGGUGAAUCAGGGUUUAUUCUUGAUGGCUUUCCUCGAACCAUGAGACAAGCUGAAAUACUGGGGGAUGUAACUGACAUUGAUCUAGUGGUGAAUCUGAAGCUACCUGAGGAAGUUUUGGUUGACAAGUGCCUUGGGAGGAGAACUUGUAACCAGUGUGGUAAAGGUUUCAACAUCGCUCACAUCAACUUGAAGGGCGAGAAUGGGAAACCUGGAAUCAGCAUGGAUCCGCUUCUCCCUCCACCUCAAUGUAUGUCAAAGCUCAUCACUCGAGCUGACGAUACUGAAGAGGUUGUCAAAGCAAGGCUUCGUAUAUACAAUGAAACCAGCCAGCCUCUUGAAGAGUACUACCGAAGCAAGGGAAAGCUUAUGGAGUUUGACCUACCUGGAGGCAUCCCGGAGUCUUGGCCAAGGCUAUUAGAAGCCUUGAGGCUUGACGAUUACGAGGAGAAACAGUCUGCUGUGGCUUAG